GAGCACGAUGGCACAGAGCAGCGCGAGCAUGGACAACAAGCUGCAUGGGCUGACGGCCAAGGAGCAGGUGGCCAUUGUCGACGACAACAACAACGUCAUUGGAAAGGCGGACCGCGCCGUCAUGCGUGUCUUCAACCUUCCGCACCGCGCCACGUACAUUGUGAUCCGCAACUCCAGCGGCGACUUUUACGUGCAGCGCCGGACGCUCAUCAAGGACUACUGCCCGGGCUUUCUCGACCCGAUGGCGGGCGGCGUCGUCCAGUUUGGCGAGACCUUUGAGGAGAACGCCGAGCGCGAGGUGGCCGAGGAAAUGGGCAUCACCAACACGCCGCUGACGUACGUCACGACGUUCCCAUACAAGAACGGCGACUCGAACGUCUGGGGGGGCAUGUUUGAGUGCACGUUCGACGGCGAGCUCACGCUGCAGCCGGAAGAAGUGUCGGAAGUGCUCGUCAUGUCGGCGGCCGAGAUUUUGUCGCGCAAGGACGAGUUCACGCCCGAUGGCAUCUAUGCGCUCGAGCUCUACCUGCGCAUCAAGCAGGCAUAAGAAUCACGCGCGUCAAUCGAUCGUUAUUGUCGUCGUCUGGUGGG